CAGAGAUAUGCUGAGGCCAGCCCGCGAGCCUCCCGCGAUUGCCUUGGCCCCCGGGCGCGCGCACUGCGGAGCCUUCGCCGGGCCGGCGGGCGCGGCCCCGCGGAUUUACCUGCCCCUCGUGCUGCUCGUGCUGCUGGCGCUGCCGCCCCGCGCCGACUGCUCCUGGUGGUACAUCGGGGCGCUGGGCGCCAGGGUGAUCUGCGACAACAUCCCCGGGCUGGUGAACAAGCAGCGGCAGCUGUGCCAGCGCUACCCCGACAUCAUGCAGUCCGUGGGCGAGGGCGCCAAGGAGUGGAUCCGCGAGUGCCAGCACCAGUUCCGGCACCACCGCUGGAACUGCAGCACCCUYGACCGCGACCACACCGUCUUCGGCAGGGUCAUGCUGCGAAGCAGCAGGGAGGCCGCCUUCGUCUACGCCAUCUCCUCGGCCGGGGUGGUCUACGCCAUCACGCGCGCCUGCAGCCAGGGCGAGCUCAAGGCGUGCGGCUGCGACCCGCUCAAGAGGGGCCGCGCCAAGGACGAGCGCGGCGAGUUYGACUGGGGCGGCUGCAGCGACAACAUCAACUACGGCAUCCGCUUCGCCAAAGCCUUCGUGGACGCCAAGGAGAAGAGGGUGAAGGACGCGCGGGCGCUCAUGAACCUGCACAACAACCGCUGCGGCAGGAUGGCGGUCAAGCGCUUCCUGAAGCUGGAGUGCAAGUGCCACGGCGUGAGCGGCUCCUGCACGCUCAGGACUUGCUGGCUGGCCAUGUCGGACUUCCGCAAGACGGGCGACCACCUGCGCAAGAAGUACAACGGGGCCAUCCAAGUGACCAUGAACCAGGACGGCACCGGCUUCACGCUGGCCAACAAGAACUUCAGGAAGCCCACGAAAACAGACCUGGUGUAUUUUGAGAACUCGCCCGACUACUGCGUGAUGGACAAGUCAGCAGGCUCGCUGGGCACGGCGGGCCGCGUGUGCAACAAGGCGUCCCGCGGCACGGACGGCUGCGAGGUGAUGUGCUGCGGCCGCGGCUACGACACCACGCGCGUCACCCGCGUCACCAAGUGCGAGUGCAAGUUCCACUGGUGCUGCGCCGUGCGCUGCAAGGAGUGCCAGGACACCGUGGACGUGCACACGUGCAAGGCCCCCAAGCGGGCCGAGUGGUUAGACCAGACCUGAGCGCGCGCCCGCGGCGCAGGGAAGCACCCGCCGCAACCCCGGCACCUUUGGGAGACCUCUGCCCCACGGGCCACGGCGACCKGGGAGUUGUAGUUCAACUGCAUGGCUUUUAUUUAAUUAAUUCCGCAAAGCACUAAAGACAGGACUACGUUUCCCAGGAGGUACCGGAGACCCUUCUAUUUGCGCGGCGAAAUUAAUCUCUUCCCUAGGAGGAGUCUGCAAGCCUGGCUUAAAGCUGUGACGCUCCUGCURCC